GUUAAGUCGAGCUGCAGGAAGCGGCCAGUUGCGCAUAAGCAGAUCUCCAUCGGAUACACGCAGUUCCGAACAAACACGCACUUACACGCACACUCACGCAAUAAAAAAUAUUAAAAAAAAAUAAAAAUAAACAAAUUGGACAAUAACAGCAAAACACACGCAAGCACGCCCGCCCGCACGCUUUUCGCUUGCUUUUUAGCUACGAAGCGCCAAAGCUUAUUACAGCCAUCGGCUGCAGCAAGGAUAACAGCAACACACAGUUACAACAACAACAACAAAAACUAGAAAAAAGAAGCAGCUCAGCUGAGAUUUGAGCUUAAACCGAAAUCUUCAAACGCAAACAACAACAAGUACAUACAUAAUAGCUCUCUUAAAUAUUAAACAUUCUAAAACCACCACUACAAGCUUGUUCGUCGUCAUAGUUGCUGUUAGUAUUGCAUAUUAUUGUUAUUGUUGUUUUACCGGUUGUUGUCACUUGUCAUCAGCUGUCACUUGAGCAAAACGACUCGUAACCAAUUAUGCAAAUAAACGCUGGACUCAAAUUAAGAUAAACAAGCAAAUAGUUAAGACUCGAAUGUAUUGUAAGACUAAUUUCAACAUUCCCUCUUCAAUUUGCCAUCAACAACAACUAUAAAAACAAAUCAACUCUAACCAUAAUCGUAUAAAAAACGACGACAACAACAUACGAACUCCCGCUUCCGUUAACGUGUUAAUUGGAAACUACUUGAAAUUCUACUCUCUCACACUCUCUCUGUUACACUCCACCGCAUUCGCCUGUCAUCUUCAUCCUCGUCUUCAUCAACAACUCGCUGCCGUUUUCCAUUUCGUGCGUGCAUGUGCGCGCGUGUAUGUGUGAAUGCAAAUCACCGCUGCCUUCUCCACAGUGUCUCGUGAACGGAAUCAUCGCGGUGACAGCACCGAGUCGGGGAGUCACGUCGACAGAGUAGCACCAACAACAGUGACGUCUUCAACGGUCGCAGGCACGAUCGGCACACUGGGCGGCGCCGGCGCAUCGGGCACCUCCCUCGCGACAACCACAUCGACGGGCGGUAUCAGCAGUUACGGCAGCAGCACGAUGACCGGUUGUAUUGGGAGCGGCAGCAGUGGCGCCACUGUUGCCACCUUCCGCGGUUUCCGCAGUCACUCGCCAUCCAGUCGUCGCAGUCGCGAACGCAGUCGUCGCGAAUUCCAACGCACCCACGGCUCUGAUCAGGGUGGUCUAUUGGCCUAUAGUGGGCUGAGCGGUAUGAGUGGGGGCGUUGGUAUUAGCGGCGGUGGUGGUGUUGGCGUUGGCGGUGGUAGUGGCAUGAGCGGCGGCAUAGGUGGCUUCAUUGUGGGCAGUGGUGAUGGUAGCACAAUGGAGAGUAUGGGUGGUGUUGGCGUCGAGGACUCACGUCUAUCAGGCAACGAGGAUCUCUGCUAUCAGUCGUUCGCUUCUGACGAACAGGAUAGCUCUCAUGUGGGCGUUGAUGGCAACAAGAAACAUCAUCGUCGCCAUGAACGUACCUCCAGUUUGCAAGCGCUCGAUCGGCUCAACACAAAAAUCCAAUGUACAAAGGAGUCCAUACGAAAGGAACAAACUGCCAGAGAUGAUAACGUGAAUGAAUACUUGAAAUUAGCGGCGAGUGCUGAUAAGCAACAAUUGCAGCGAAUAAAGGCCGUCUUCGAGAAGAAGAACCAGAAAAGCGCACACAGCAUUUCGCAGCUGCAGAAGAAGCUAGACAAUUAUACCAAACGUGCGAAAGACUUGUCGAAUCAUCAAUUUGCGAAUAAGAGUCAACAUCGGCAGCCGCGUGAAGUGUUGCGCGAUGUGGGCCAGGGACUUAGAAAUGUCGGUGGCAAUAUACGCGACGGCAUUACCGGCUUUUCCGGUUCGGUGAUGUCCAAGCCGCGCGAAUUCGCACAUUUAAUUAAGAAUAAAUUCGGUAGCGCUGACAACAUUAACCAAAUGUCAGAAACGGAAAUCAACAACAUUAACAUGCCCGUCAAUGCUGAACUGAUUGCCAGUUCGACGCCGAAUAAUAACAUUGCAGCCACCUCCACCGGUUCGGGUACUACGGGUGGCGCGGGUAGCGGCAAAUUUAAUAGCGAGAAUGGCAGCGAAUGCAGUAGCGUUACUAGCGAGAGUAUACCAGCAGGCUCUGGCAAGAGUCAAUCGGGCGCGAGUCAAUAUCAUCUUGUGCUCAAAUCGCUCUUAACCGAAUUGGCUGAACGUAAAGAUGAAAUCGAAAAGCUGAAAGAGCGUGUUGAACGAUUAGAGACUGCACAAAAGGAAUUUAACAACUUAACUGCAACACUGGAAGGUGAACGUUACCGCGCCGAAAGCUUAGAAGAGCAAAUAAAUGAUUUAACCGAACUGCAUCAGAAUGAAAUUGAAAAUUUAAAACAAACAAUUGCCGAUAUGGAGGAAAAGGUGCAAUAUCAAAGUGAUGAGCGUCUGCGCGACGUCAAUGAAGUACUGGAAAAUUGCCAAACGCGGAUUUCCAAAAUGGAACAUUUAUCACAACAGCAAUACGUGACCGUCGAGGGUAUAGACAAUUCAAAUGCACGUGCGCUCGUCGUCAAGCUCAUAAAUGUCGUUUUAACGGUGUUACAGGUGGUGUUGCUAUUGGUGGCGACGGCGGCGGGUAUUAUAAUGCCGUUCCUGAAGACAAGAGUGCGCGUACUGACGACAUUCUUGUUCAUAUUCUUCAUAAUAUUUGUGAUACGACAAUGGCCUGAUGUACAAGACAUCGGUGCUGGACUGAUGCGACAUUUAAAAGAAUCAUUGGUUGUUAAAUGAAGUACAUACAAAUGGCGCUUGUAAGCAGGAGGCACACCUAAACAUACAUCAUACAUAAACACGCAAGCACACACUUACAUAUGCACAUGAAAAUAUUGGAAACGGAAGCAGUUACGGAUGUUACACACAAGAAAGAUGUCACGGCAGCAGCUGGAGCAAUGGCAGCAAUACAUACUUGCCAGUGCUGAUGUGUACAUAUGUGUGUAGCAGCAAUUAGGUUAUACAAAAUUUUGUUAUUUUUUAUCUGCUGUUAGUGGCAUUAGAAAAUGUUAAAAUAUGUAUGUAAUAUUAUAUUGUAAUAGUAUCUAGUAGUAAUCCAGCAAUUAGCCUUAAAAAUCGAUACACCUUUUGAAUGGACUAAAGUGAGUGCGCGUGUGGUGAAAAUUCACAGAUACAUACGUUACGCAUAUACGUUAUGUUGUGACCUUCUGACAAAAUAGCUUAUCUCGAGUUUGGAAUUUUUGUUGAUGAAGUGUUAAUUUUUGGAUUUCCUAUCCAGGUUUUAAAUAACUAACUCUUUUGACUUCGGGCACAAUAAAUUCAUAGGUUGCAGUGCAUACAUAAGCACCUCUUUCAAAUAUCUAACGUAACACUUUUCUUAAUAUAUUUAGUUUUCUACAAUUUUAAAUAUACUUUACUUCAUGUAUACAUACUAUAAAAACAAAACUAUU